UUGCACAUUUUUAUAAGACGUGUUGGGUUUGCGCUUCGUUCUCAUUGACCAUUUCACUACAUAUACUCGUUCAUCUCCUCUCUUUCUUCUCAUUUCGAUUCCCAUAAUGUUUCAAAGAACCAUCUUCUUGGUUCUCUUCUUCUUGCUCGCUUCUUUGAUCACCAUUCCCACACAUACACAUGCAAUCCGAUCAUUCCCGGAAAGAGUAGGGGUUUCCAUCUCGCACCAAUUCUCGGAGGCUCCCGAGUACGCCAAUGGAUUCAGCUGCCCUGUUUUGGGUGGAGACAGCUUUCCAAAGACGUGUGAUCCCUCUCUUGUUCAUAUUGCAAUGACUAUUGAUUCCGAGUACUUGAGAGGCACGAUAGCUGCAGUCCACUCUGUUCUCAAGCACGCUUCUUGCCCUGAAAACAUCUUCUUCCACUUCAUCGCCUCGGAUUCCAGUCCGCUCAGUUCCGAAGACCUUACUCGAGUUGUCCACUCCACGUUUCCGUCUCUCAGUUUCAGAGUUUAUCAGUUCAAGGAGAGCCUAGUCAGUCAUCUGAUUUCAUCUUCCAUUCGUCAAGCUCUUGAUAACCCCUUGAACUACGCAAGAAGCUACUUAGCCGAUUUGCUAGACUCUUGCGUGAAGCGUGUGAUCUAUUUAGACUCUGAUGUUAUAGUUGUUGAUGAUAUAGCCAAGCUGUGGAGGAUAACUUUAUCAGGGUCCAGAGUUAUUGGUGCUCCGGAGUAUUGUCACGCAAAUUUCACCAAGUACUUUUCGAAUGGAUUUUGGGCCGAUACGGAAAUGUCUAGAGUUUUUGAAGGGAGAAGUGCUUGUUAUUUCAAUACAGGUGUGAUGGUGAUGGACUUGGUGAGAUGGAGAGAGGGUGAUUAUACGCGGAAGAUUGAGAGUUGGAUGGAGAUUCAGAAGGAGAAGAGGAUUUACGAGCUGGGUUCUCUACCGCCUUUUUUGUUGGUCUUCGGUGGAGAUGUAGAGGCUAUUCACCACAGAUGGAACCAACAUGGGCUUGGUGGUGAUAAUGUGGUGAAUAGUUGCAGGUCUUUGCAUCCAGGUCCUGUGAGCUUGUUGCAUUGGAGUGGGAAAGGGAAGCCAUGGUCAAGGCUUGAUUUGGGAGAGGCUUGCCUGGUUGAUUUUCUAUGGGCGCCUUAUGAUCUCUACAGACACCAUGAUUCAUCUUCACCACCACCAUCAUCAACACAAUCUACAGCUAUUGGACGUUUUGUAGAAAAUGAUUCUUUGUUUGAUUAGUCCAUUAUUGAUUUGAUUCAAUUCAUUGAUAGGAUAUGUAUAUAUAUAGAGGAGAGAUUGAACAUGUAAACAGAGUGAAACUGUGGAGCGCAUUGUUCCAUUUGAGCCAAAGUAACAUAUUUUUGGAGAUCUAGCUUAUGUUAUUCUCAAAUUCUUGAUGA